AUAGCAAUGGGAGGAGGAAACAAAGCACCAACAUCUGUACAAGUACAGAGAAAGGCAUUCAUACAUAAUCCAAAGAGUAGAAAGACCGCACACAUCCUAUCACUUCCAAAUGAAGGUCUCUGUUACACAUGUCAUCAAACAAUCGAAUGGAGGAAGAGAUAUCGUAAAUAUAAGCCAUUGACUGUUGCUGCUAAAUGUUGUUCAUGCGGUGAGAAGAAUGUGAAGAGAGCAUAUCAUCAACUAUGUGAUGAGUGCGCUGAGGAGCAACAGGUAUGCGCCAAGUGCGUCAAGCCCAACGAGAUUAUAAACGAGAGAACAGACAAGAAGGUUGAGCAAGCAGAGCAGAAGAAACUGCACGAGGCAUUGAAGCUCAUGACAGAGAGUGAGCGCAGAACAUUCUACAGAGAGCUGGAGAAGAAUGAUCCAGAGUUCCAGAAGGAUGAUGAGGACUAUGAUGAUGAUGAUGAUGAGGUCGAUGACGUUACCGACAGCAUAAAGAAGGAUGAGGAUGAGGACGAAGAAGAAGAGGAAGAGGAAGAAGAAGACGAGGAUGAGGAAGAGGAAGAGGAAGAUAAUGAGGUUGACCAAGAAGAGGAUGACGAGGAUAUUGAACAAGUUGUCCCUCAGUUGAUCAUCAAGAAGAAGAUACAACAACAGCAACAACAGAAGAAGAAUCAGACUCCAAAGAGA